GAUGUUUGCUGAACCAUACAUUGCUAAAGCACCGUACAAAAUAAUGGGAUCAACGACUGAAACCCAAAUGACUCCCACCCACGUCUCCGAUGAGGAAGCACACUUAUUCGCUAUGCAACUCACCAGUGCCUCCGUGCUACCGAUGGUCCUCAAAUCAGCCAUAGACCUUAACCUGCUGGAGAUCUUGGCCAAAGCUGGUCCUGAUGCUUUCCUUUCCCCUAAAGAAUUGGCUUCCCAGCUCCCCACCAACAACCCCGACGCACCCUUCAUGCUCGACCGCAUCUUGCGUCUCCUGGCUACCUACUCCAUCCUCACUUGUUCCUUGCGCACCCUUCCCCAUGAGAAAGUAGAGAGACUCUAUGGUCUUGGUCCUGUUUGCAAAUUCUUAACCAAGAAUCAAGAUGGUGUCUCUUUUUCUGCUCUCACUCUCAUGAAUCAAGACAAGGUUUUUGUGGAGAGCUGGUACUACUUGAAAGAUGCAGUGCUGGAUGGUGGAAUUCCCUUCAGUAAGGCCUAUGGUAUGACCACAUUUGAGUACCAAGGUACGGAUCCUAGAUUCAACAAGGUUUUCAACAGGGGAAUGUCUAAUCACUGUACCAUGGCUAUGAAGAAGAUUCUUGAGACUUAUGAUGGCUUUAAGGGAAUCAAAACCCUAGUCGACGUUGGUGGCGGCACCGGAGCCACGCUUAAUAUGAUCGUCUCCAAGUACCCUUCCAUAAAGGGCAUUAACUUUGAUUUGCCCCACGUAAUCAAGGACGCUCCAUCUCAUCCUGGUGUGGAGCAUGUUAGUGGAGACAUGUUUGAAAGUGUUCCAAAAGGAGACGCUAUUUUCAUGAAGUGGAUAUGUCACGCCUGGAACGAUGAACACUGCUCAAAAUUAUUGAAGAAGUGUUACAAAGCUUUGCCAGACAAUGGAAAAGUAAUUGUUGUAGAAUCCAUUCUUCCAGAUUACCCGGAUCCUAGCCUCACCACAAAGUUAAAUCUGCAAGUUGAUUGCAUCAUGUUGGCUCUCUCUUCUGGUGGGGAAGAGAGGAAUGAGAAAGAAUUUGAGGCCUUGGCAAAGGGUGCAGGGUUUCAAGGUUUCCAAGUAAAAUGCCGGGCCAUUGGCAUGUCCAUCAUGGAGUUCCUCAAAAGUGUUUAAUGGCAUAUAAUCUCAACUUUGAGAAGAAUUCGUAAAGAAGCUGAUUGUAUAAAUAUCCAGUUUGUUGGCAUUUUCUAUUAGCAUAAUUUGGGAGAUGACAGGAGAGACUAUUAUUAAAACUGGAUCUUAUUUAGAUUUGAAUGGUACUUUUGUCGUAUAAUCUUUUUAGGAAAAUUAAGGGGCCUUUGCCUCAUGACGGUACUGAUUCUGAGGGGUGGAAGGGUUGUUCUAAUAACCGGUCUACUGUUAAAUCGGCUUAUGCGACGCGGUUUGGUCCGGUGGAUGGUGAAGCUGAUAAAUUGUGGGCAUUAAUUCAUGGAUAUAAAGGCUUGCAGAGAGUUAAAUUUUUUCUUUGGUUAGCUUGCUGCAACUUAAUGACCAAUGCGGAACGUGUACGUAGGCACUACACCUUAGACAGUCGAUGUUGUUAGUGCCAAGAUCAAUUGGAAGAUGUGAAUCACGUCUUGAGGAUUUGUCUUGUUGAUUUCUCAGUUUGGAAGGUAUUGAUUAAACCGGAGAAAUUCCAAGAAUUUAUUUCGAUGGAGUUCAAAGCGUGGGUCGGGUCAAAUUUAUCACUUCCCAAUUGGGUAUUCUCAUGUACACACAAGUAUGAAUCACCA